GUCAGUAACAUAUAUCAGAAUAUAUGUUGAAAAUUAACGAUUUAAAUGGAGAUAAUGGAACAACUUCGUUUAUAUGAAACAGUAUUGUUGGAAUGAAAGUAUUUUGAAAAUUGCAUAUAACUUGAAAACGUUUGCGGAUAUAAGUAAUAAUGAAAGUAAGUCUGUUUUUAUAAUGGACAAUUCCAGCACCAAAUUUUUACGUUUUGAUGCAGUAGACAUAGAUGAUCCUUCAGUCCAGGUAUGGCAGAAAGAAAUAAAUGAAACGGCAGAAAACAGAGCUUCUUCCCUUAAAAUACUUCGGAGAGACUUAAAAAGUUGUACUGAUAUUGAACCCUGUUUAGAUGAGACAAUGCUUUUAUCAGCCCUGAGAGUAACUAAAUUUGAUACAACGAAAGCACUUCGUAGAAUAAAGAAUUUCUACCAGAAGGAAGAAAAACUCAUUGAUGGCUUCAGAAAAAUUUCCAUGUCUUACCACAAAGCCAGAAGUUUACGACAUUUCUUUAUAUCUCCUUACAGACUGCAAGACAAUUCCUUGCUUAUAAUGUUAUCUGCAGGGAUAGAUUACAAUGAAUACUCCCUUGAAGAGCGUUUAUAUUUAGAAUGUCUAGCAACAUGCAUGCUUGUAGAAAAUCCAGUUAAUCAAAUAUGUGGCCUUAACCUUAUAUGCGAUUUUGCUGGUUUCACUUUUCGUGGCUUACGUGAGCACACACCAUGGAAAUUGAAAUGGUUUAUGGAUUCGAUGUUGAAUACAUUACCAGUUCGAUUUAAGCGUUUCCACAUUGUAAAUACUCCAAUACUGUUUCCACCUUUAUACAGUAUUGGUUGCCAUUUUUGUCCUAAGAAAAUUCAAGAAAGGAUUUUUAUUCACCCCAACGAUAACUGGAAAAGUCUGCAUGCUCAUAUCCCUGCUGAUAUUCUACCAGAGAAAUACGGUGGAAGAUUAAAGGAUAGCUCCAUGCUAAAUUGCUUAGAGUACUUUGGACUAGAAAAAGCGGAAGAGUUAUUUCAUAAGCGAUUAGAAUAUGGCUUCAAGAAAACUAAGAAUCGCCGUCUGUCUUUUAAAGUGCUUUACUAAUA